AUGGUUAUUACUAUGGAGAACUAAAGCAUAGCCAUUACUAUUGGGAAUUUGUUAGAAUUUACCUAAAGAUUGCUAUAAUUUAUGUAAGCAUUUUAUUAUAAAAUAACAACUAGACUAUUGCUACACUUACAAUUACACUAUUAUUAUGCUAUUACAUUAAAAUAGUAUCAUAAAACAAUCCUUUUAUUUCAAUCAACAUAUAGAAUUGUGAAAUAGCAGCUCUCACUCUAAUUAUCUUAAAAAUGUAUAUAUAGUUUAUAUAAAUUUAAAAUCCAUAAACUCAAAUAUAUACAGAAAUCGCUCAAAUCUUUCUAGAUUAUUUCUUCUUUUUUUGUUAUUUAAUGA